AUGGCUUCCACCUCCUACCUUUACAUUUUCGCAAUUGCACUAUUCUCAAUUACAACAAAUGAGAUGUGUUUUGCUUCCCGCAAUUUGCUGCAAGCAACCACAUUCCCGACACUGCCACAACCACAGAUACCAACAAUCCCGACAAUGCCACAGCCACAGAUACCAACAAUCCCGACAAUGCCACAACCACAAAUGCCCACCAUCCCUAACAUGCCCAAAGUUUCCUUGCCUCCAUUGCCUUCUAUGCCUACCAUCCCUAACUUUCCAACAACUGUUCCCAAUAUUCCUUUCUUUGCUCCACCACCUUCCAAGAAGUAG